CACACACACACACACAGACACUUAAGAAAAUCGCAAGUAAAGAUGACGUCGUUAUCGAAGGAGACGUCAUUGAUAAAGAAGGAGGUGUUACCAUUGCCACCCACACGAAUACCACAGGCGGAAGUUGUUCCAUUCCAGUGUUCCGCCUCAAUGCGUUUGCGCGAGAACCGAAAAGAGGAACAACAACUUAUUGGCUCAGCCGGCAGCGAGAAUGGUUUUAGUACGCGCGCCAAGCUCACCAAGCCAUCAUCGUCAACUACAUCCGGAUCCUCGAAUUCUGCUGGUUCCCUUAGCCACUUGACGCGUAACCGUAGUUGGAGCAAUUUAGGCCACAAAACGGCGACCUCCUCCCCCACAAAACCGGAAGUGAAAGAUGCACCAAAGGCAUUAUGCCCAACACCCCUGACGCCGAAUCAAAAGGAAUUGUCCAAAUCAACGGACAACCAAAUGGAUGGAAAUGCAGCAACUAUAAACACCUCCAAGUCGCGUAAUAUGUCUCUGAAGUUGAACGGCGGUGAGACCACGACGAACGAGGCGGCAGUUGCGGCUACUACUACGGCGACUAGCACGCCACCACACAAUUGCAUCCGGCAGGGUCAUUGUAUCAAGGCGACGCCCCCAAAGAAAUUGUCCACACUGCAUGAAGCUAAAAUCUCACCAAAGACACCGCCAGUGACACCAGAUUCACCUAGCACCUAUCUGGAUGAUGAUUUAGAUUCCAUGUAUUCAUUUGUAACAACUACUUCGGGUCGUUCGACCAUGUCUUGUGAGCAUCCCUAUGUUGCCAGAAAUGGCACCACUUUCAGUGGUCGAAAAAUGAAGUAUGUUGUACACUGUUCCAACUAUGCCGGGCAGGUGGGUCCUGAUUAUUUGACGCCUACGCAACGUGCCCAGCGCCAGAUACGUCGCCUCAAGGAGUUACUCUGCGUAGCACGACAGGAUCUGGAGCAAAAGGAUUCGGAACUAUUGCGUCUCACUCGAGAAGUUGUGGAACUGCGUGUGUUUAAAGCCUCAUUGAGCUCGCCGGAAGAACGUUCUGCCUCAUCGGAUGCUGUUACUGUACGGGAAGCUGAACUAAAAACUUCGCAGGAUGUUUCGCCCAUUGUCGAAAUGGUUGAUGAGGCGAAUGCCAAAUGUAGUCCACUUCAUUUGGCCCGCCAGCAGCAACAGCAAUUGCAAAUGUCAGCCGAGAUGCAAAGCUCUUAUGCCGAUUCGGGACACUUUGAGGAUUUGACCAUGUCCUCAGUGCACUCGAAGGAUUCUCAAACGCAGAGUGAAGCUUGUGGGGCAUCCACUCCAGACGGUGAAGCCGAUGUCGAUGCUGAGGCUGAGGCAGGGGGCGCUGAUGUUAGCAACUUGGAGAACUAUGAACUGCAGCGUCAAGAGCUUAUACGCAUGUAUGAGCGGCGAAUCGAGGAACUGAUACGUACUCAAGAUGGAGCCACCAGUGAAUUGAAGCGUUCCCACAAUGAUAAAGUUGAAGCUUUGCUCCAGAAGCUAGCCGAAUGCAAUACACGUUACUCGGAUAUUGUGCCCGACUAUGAGCAAGCCAAGCAGCGCAUAAGAGAGCUGGAGAAACAAUUGGAGGAUCUGCAGCGAAAGCUAAUUGAGCAUGAGGAUAAACAAAAGAAAAUGUAUUUGCAUAUGUAUCAACAGGGACAGGAGUCUGAGCGCAUUGCUCGAGCCGAUCAGGCUUUGGAAUUAGCGCAACGCCAACCGGAUAGCAAGGUGUCGAUCAAUGAACUUUUGCAACAGCUUCAGAGCACUCAGGAUGAAUUGGAGAACAUACGCGCACCAGAUUGUAGAAUGAGGGAGCAGUGCGGCAGUAAUAAUGCCCUCCUUACUGCAAAGGAGGCGAUUUCAUUAUGGGUACUUGGCGCGCGUAAGACCAUCUAUCGCCGCUUGCUGGAUGCCCAAAAGAAUCGUACUCAUGUUGAUCCGGAAGUUACGCUACAAUUCCUUAAAAGCGCCAUUUUCUAUUUCCUAACCGAUAAAGAGAACUCCCAAGGUCAUCUACAGGCCAUCGAAAGUAUCCUGGAAUUCACCGAUGAGGAGAAACAAAAGAUCAAUCAGGCCCGAUCGCCCAAGUGAACAGAAAAAAAGAGAGGCAGAAAGAUUGAUAAAAAAAAAGAAGGUUUUUAGAAACGCGAAAUAAUGUUUUAUGUUCUUUAGUAUUUGUGCUAAAAUGCAUUGUUUUGUAUUUGUAAUCAUAAUUUAACGAAUUUUAUUUGCAUUAUUAUUUUGUCAACAAAAUAAUUCUGUUAAAUUUCAAAAGCGACUAAAAAAAAAACUGAAAUG